AUGAAUAUUUCCAAACUCCGCCGAAUACUUACGUGUGGUCGUAAGAAAGGCUCAAAUUCCGCAACAGAACGCAAGCCACAAACAAAUGGCGAGAAUGAUAAAGGAGAUGAGGAACCGUAUGGGGGUUUGAGCGAGGUCGCUGCUCCGAUUCCGGUUGAACGCACAACUGAAGAGGAACAUGCGCAACACGAAUCGCUCGAUAGCAACAUGUGUGGGUCACAUUCGCAGCCUCAUCUCUCCAACAAUUAA